UUUCAUGGCUUAUUUGUGCAUUAUAUCUUGGAAUAGCUGUGGAUCUUCCGAAACCGUUUGUUAGUACGUCAUUAACGUGUUAUACGUAUCAAAAGAAAAAUGGACGAACAAUAAAACGUCUAAUGGAUGAUUGUAUGUUUGGCAAUGCGUGUUGUUACAGUGCUGAAUUCACUG